AAGCCUGUACAUGACGGAGGUCCGGAUUCUUCUGGUUGGCUGGGUGAGCUCCAGAAAAAUGUCUUCCCAAAACACUAUCCUGGGCACAGAAGAGUUGGUCAUCAGAAGAACAACGUCGUCCCACCUACGGAGCGGAGAGGCGGAUGGAAUGAAAGUCUCCGUUGUGGACACCCCUGGCUGGUGGAAGUACUUCCCUGCCCACUCCACCCCUGCAUGGGUGAGGGAACAGCUGAAGGAAAGUCUGACACUGGGGUCAGGGCCACCACAUGCCGUGCUUCUGGCAGUUCCAGCAGACACAACAUUCCUGGAGGAACAGAGGAAGAUCACAGAGGACAAUAUGAGGAUGAUGUUUGGCGAGCAGGUCUGGAAACACACCAUAGUGCUGUUCACCUGCGGGGACCUACUGGGAGACACAAGCAUAGAGGAGCACAUAGAGAGCGAGGGACAACCCUUGAACUGGCUUGUGGAGAAGUGUGAGAACCGAUACCACGUCUUCGACAACGUUAACAGAGGAGAUGGAUCUCAGGUGACGGAGCUGCUGGAGAAGGUCAAAGACAUGGUGGCUGCAAUCAGCUCCUUUUCCUCCAACACAACAGCCCAUGAGGGUGCUCCAGAAAGCAGGGUUGGUCUCUUACCCUGCUCUGCCUGACCCAUCAAUGUGUCCUUGAGCAAGAAAUUACUACUGAUGGAGGACACAGGAGACAUGAAGGAGGCCUUGGGAUGCCCGCCGGAGGGGAUCGACAUGGAGCUGGGUCGUCUGCUGGAUAAGGAGUGGAACAAGAUGGACCGCAGGAUGGAGGAGAAGAUGAGAAAAUUGUACGAGUCUGCUGAAGCGAACAUGAAAGGAAACAAGAGCAUGGACUAUCCUCCAAAAUUUACCGAAGUGGAGCCUCCAUCGACCUUUUCCGGUGUACAGGAAAACAUCAACACCUCAGGGCCUGCUGUUGAGGAUCUGCAUUCCACAUCAGCCACUGCUGGUGUCGAU